AUGCUUAAAAAGUGCUUUCAAUAUCGGCUCAAUUUAAAGGCUCGUGCCGAACAAGAACUAGACCAAAUACUCACUAAAAACGAACAAGAAAAGUUAUUAACUGAGUUAAAAGAACGGCGCCCUCAACUCCACUUAAUCUUUUCCCAAGUUCUCCAAAAUGUCGCUAACCGAUUAAAAGGAGAUAAAUUAAUCCUCUCUUGCGGUAGAGAAAAAGAGGAAUUAUUUCUUAAUGUUCGCUUACAUCGCGAAUUAGAAGGCAAAAUAAAAAUCUUAUCUCUGGUUCGCAAAAAUGGCAAAUAUUAUGCUUGCUUUGCUAAUGAAGUAGAGAAAAAAUUAUCGCCUAAAACGAAUAAGAAAGUCGGGAUUGAUUUAGGUUUAAUUGAUUUCUGUGUCUUGGAUAAUGGCAAAAAAUACCCUAAUCCUCGUAUCUACAAAAAAGGAAUCAAGAAAUUAAUUGAAGCCCAGAAAAGAGUAGAUCGCAAAGAAAAAGGAAUGGAAGAAACUGGCGGGCAAUUGGUUAAGGUUAAUUCUGCUUAUACUAGCCAGACAUGUAGUUUUUGUGAUGAGCCAGCGAAGGAAAAAGUUGAGUUAUCUCAAAGAGUAUACGAAUGUUGGAAUUGUGGGAAAAAACUAGACCGUGAUGUUAAUUCAGCCCGAAAUAUCUUAAAAUUGGCUGAACCUAGGUUCGAUGGCGUAAUUCACGUUCCAGUAAUGUUGAAAGAGGUUUUAGACCAUCUCAACUUAAAAAAAGGAGGGAUUUAUGUUGAUGGAACUUUCGAUAAGGAGUUUAGCAAUCUGACCCAAAAAGAUAAAAUUUUCUUCGCUCCUCGCUUUUGUCUCAUUAAUGACAAUUUUGCUAAUUUUGAGGAACAUUUAAAAAAGAUGGGUGUCCAAGAAGUAGAUGGUUUUUUAUUUGAUUUAGGGCUUUCUUCAGACCAGUUGACGGCUACAGAAAGGGGAUUUAGUUAUCGGUCAGAUUCGCCGUUGGAUAUGCGGAUAAGCCAGACAACCAAACUAUCAGCCACCGAUAUCAUCAAUAACUACCCAGAAGCCAAAUUAGCCGAUAUUUUUUAUCAUUAUGGAGAAGAAAAAAAAGCCC